AUGAGUUCAAACAAACUUCCAUUCGAUCUCAAAAAUACAUCACUUUUCCACGACAAAUCUUAUGUCAAUGGAGAAUGGGUAGAAGCUAAAUCUGGCAAACGCUUCGAUGUCUUAGAUCCCGGAACCGGGCAAGUAUGGGCCUCAGCACCCGAUAACGAUGCAUCCGAUGUGGAUGCAGCCGUUCAAGCUGCUCACACAGCCUUUCAAUCUUUCAAGAAAGUUAAUCCCAGGACACGUGCUCAGUGGCUUUUGAAAUGGGAUUCUUUGAUUAAAGAAAAUAAGGAGGAUUUGGCGAAGAUUGUCACUUAUGAGACGGGAAAACCAAUUGCAGAGAGUUUGGGAGAGAUUGAUUAUGCGUUGGGUUUUACGUGGUGGUUUGCUGGGGAGGCGGAGAGAAUUUCGGGGACGAUUCAGACACCAGCAGCACCGGGUAGGAGAGUCUUCACUAUCAAGCAACCAGUCGGUGUAGCUGCAGCACUAGUCCCAUGGAAUUUCCCAAUUGCAAUGAUCCUGCGAAAGGCUGGAGCAGCAUUUGCGGCAGGUUGCUGUAUGGUAGCAAAACCGUCACCAGAAACACCACUUUCGGUGUUAUCCUUAGCUUUCCUUGCCGAGCAAGCAGGAUUCCCAAAAGGUGUAUUUAGUGUUUUGACCACGAGUUUGGAUAACACACCUCCACUAAGUGAGGCACUCUGUCGUCAUCCAUUGAUUAAGAAGGUCACAUUCACUGGUUCUACACGAGUUGGUAAACUCGUUGCAAAAUUGUGCUCCGAUGGAUUAAAGAAAGUCACUUUGGAACUUGGAGGCAAUUGUCCUUUCUUGAUAUUCGAUGAUGCAGAUUUGAAUCAAGCUGCUGAUGCUCUCAUGGCCCUCAAAUGGCGACAUGCCGGUCAAGCUUGUAUAACCGCCAACCGCGUUUAUAUCGGCCAUGGAGCAAAAGAAGGAACUACAAUCGGUCCUCUUACCACUCCUCGGAGUAUCGACAAAGCAGAAAACCAAGUCGAAGAUGCCAAAAAGCAUGGUGGAAAAGUUGUACUCGGAGGAAGUAAGGUAAAGGACACUACUGGGUAUUUCUUCGAGCCGACAAUUAUCUUGGGUGCAAAGAAGGAGAUGUUGAUCACGGAGGAGGAAACUUUCGCGCCAGUCUUAGCUUUGUAUUCUUUCGAUACGGAGGAUGAAGCUGUGGAGGCGGCAAAUAAUACUAGUAUGGGUCUAGCAUCUUACUUUUUCACCAAGAACAUUGAUCGUACAUGGCGACUUCUCGAAGACCUAGAGGCUGGUAUGAUUGGUAUGAAUACUGGUAAUGCAUCCGCAGCCGAAUCACCAUUUGGAGGAAUCAAAGAAUCAGGAUAUGGAAAGGAAUCUGGGAAAGAUGUCGCGGUUAACGAGUACCUCAUUACGAAAACGGGUACGAUGACUAUUGAUGGGCACUUUUAG